AUGGAAGAGACACAAAAAGAUCCAAAUCCCAGUUUAUCCAGUCACGCAGGCUCCGGCUCACAGUCUAUUAGCCAAGACGUACACAUGGAAGACGCCAGUGGAAAUCAUUCUAACACCACCAAUAAUGCUACUACUGGUGGUGACGUGUCCAACCAUGGCAGUAGUGGCGGCAACAAGGAAUCGUCAACUGACGAAGGAAACCCACCAAUUAACGAUCAACAAAGAAUAGUCGAAGAAUUCCAAUACUUGCUGGAAAAGAGUCAGCAGAUGUUUGCUGGUCUAAGGGAAUUGCCCCCUACUGGUGGUCGACAAUGGCAGCCCCAUUUCCAACGAACGUUCGAGGUUUAUACUAAGUUGUGGAAAUUUCAGCAACAAAACAGAUAUGUCCUGGAAAAUAAGGAUAAUUAUGGUUUGAAACGCUGGGAAGUUGGCGAAAUUGCAUCGAAGAUUGGGCAGCUUUAUUACCAUUAUUAUCUGCGCACUAGUGAGACGAAUUACCUUCACGAGUCUUAUAUCUUCUAUGAAGCAAUUCGAGAUCGAGCAUACUUUAAAGACGUGCUGGAUCUCAAAAACCCGGCUUUAAUGAUUAAGAAAUUGAGAUAUUACGCCCGUUUUAUCGUAGUGUGUUUACUUCUGAAUAAUAAGGAAGUUGUGCAACAAUUGAUGAAUGAAUUACACGGUUUGGUUAACGACUUUGUCAGGAUAUUCAAGCCUGUUGAUUCGGUGGAAUGGCAACAAGUUCUUCGGGAGAUAGCAAAUUUUUUAGAAGCAGAGAAGAAACUAAUACCUCAUACAUCUGAAGGACAACAUUUGAGUGUACCCCGACGAUUGCAAAUUGAACGCAGUCCGAGACUUGAUAAGGACGGCUUACCAAGACUGAAACUGGCAGAAGCCAUCCUCGUUGGCAAUUAUCAGAACCAAAUCAAAUUUUCGGAGCUUACAUUGGAUAUGUACCAUAUACUACAGUCACUCGAGCGGGAGCCUGCCUCCUCUAAGGGGUCAUCUUCAGAGAAUCCUUUAGUAGUCGAAAAGGUAUCAAGUAAAGACGAGAACACCGUUGAAGAACAAUCAAACGUAGUGGCCUCGCAUGAUAAAAAUAAUUCCCGAAGAAUUAAUCCGCACAAGUAUCUUCUGUACAAACCGACUUUGAGUCAGUUGAUGGUUUAUAUAGCAACAGCAUUCAAGGAAAUAAAUGAGAACUCUGCCUUGCUAUUAUACUUGUCCGCCGAUGGGAUCAAACGUCCAAUUAGUGAAGAAAAUUUCGUUACUGGAUAUAACGGUGGGAUUGUGACUAGCUCACGAAAAGCGUUCGACAAGACAGACAUAGUAGAUACUAAUAGCUUGGUCAAUUGCUUACAUCCGAAUGACUUGGUUCCAUUUACGAGAAAGCCGCUUUUCUUGAUUGUUGACAGUCCCAACAGCACAGCAUUUUCUAGUUUUCCACGAGUUUUUGACCAACCAUUUUGUUGCCUCAUGUCGCCAACCGAGUAUCCUCCUUCCAUUACUGAUACGUCCCAGAUAGGCAGUCUGCUCACACUUUUCUUGCAUGCUCCACUUCUCGCCUUCGCGUUCCUCUCUGGAAUACACGAGCUAGCUAAGGAAUCAUGGGACAGAUGUCUGACGCUUAUGACCGAGAUGGAGACCGAUAUAGUUGAACUUUUUAACAAGUCUGAUUUAGAGAAAUCAGUAAAACGCUUCCUGCAGGAUGACUUCCUUCGUCAAUUUUUGGUGAGAUUCGUACUUUGCCAGGCACUUUUAAGAGCACACACGGCAUUUCAGAAUGAAAAGCAUUAUCCAACAUCUAGUCCGUCUUUACCUUCCGAAUUAACCGUUACAACCGAAUUAUUCGUUAAAAUCCAACAGCUUGUAAAGGAAGCGCAUGUAGAACCCCUUUAUUCUUUCUCCCCAGAAUCAAUUGGGAUAGAUAUUUCAUCUUCGGAGAUGGUCUUGAAUAAAUAG